AUGGGUCAGAGCAACGGCAAGCCCGUCGUCUUCACCGACCAAGUCAACCUCAACCACUUCCGCCUCCUACGCGUCGUCGGCAAGGGCGCAUUCGGUAAGGUGCGCAUCGUUGAGCGAAAAGACACCGGCCUCACGUUCGCGCUCAAGUACAUACGCAAAGAUGAAGUCGUACGGUCGGAAAGCGUCCGCAACAUUAUCCGCGAGCGCCGCAUGCUCGAGCAUCUCAACCACCCGUUUCUCUGCAACCUGCGCUACAGCUUCCAGGACAUUGAAUACCUGUACAUUGUCGUCGAUCUCAUGAACGGCGGUGAUUUGCGCUUCCACAUCUCGCGCAAGACCUUCACAGAAGACGCCGUGCGCUUUUGGAUAGCCGAGCUCGGUUGCGCCGUGCGCUACAUACACCAGCAGGGCAUUGUCCACCGAGACAUCAAGCCAGACAACGUUCUGCUCGACUCGGAAGGCCACGUCCAUCUUGCAGACUUUAACGUUGCCUCCGACUUCACACCCCACAAGCCGCUGACGAGCAAAUCGGGCACCCUCGCCUACCUGGCCCCCGAGGUAUACGAAGGCAAGGGCUACUCAUGCGAGGUCGACUGGUGGUCGCUGGGCGUGCUCUUCUACGAGUGCAUAUACAACAAGCGGCCCUUUGAGGCCAGCAGCCAUGACUCCCUCGCCGCCAAAAUCUCCAAAGGAGAGCCUACGUAUCCCGUCACCAGCCCGCCCGUCUCGAUGCCCUGCCUACAUGCCAUCAGCUCGCUGCUGGAAAAGGACCGGAGAAAGCGCAUAGGUGCCAUUGGUUUCGACUCGUUCAUCGACAACCCCUUCUUCCGCCCCAUCGAUUUUGGUGCGCUCGAGCGCAAGGAGAUUGAACCCAUCUUCAUACCCUCGAGCGACAAGACCAACUUUGACGCGACGUAUGAUCUCGAGGAACUGCUGCUCGAGGAGGCGCCGCUCGAAGCCCGUGCACGCAGGCAGAAGCCCAGAGAAGCUCUCAAGGAAGAUGCUACAGAACAAGAGAUCCGCGCCGACGAACUGCACCGGAUGAUUGAGACUCUGUUUGAGCCUUUCAACUACACGACUGCUGGCGACCAACGAAUCCCAGCUGCCGUAGCAGUUCCUGAUCCACAAGACUCGGGCGCAGGCUCGCGAGCCAGCAACCAAAGCCAGCCUGACCACGUCCCCACGUCUGCGCCAGCCCAAGGAGAACCCUCUAGACGUCCACCACACGUCAACACAAAGUCUCAGGAUGUCGACCUCCACCCCUCGCGCUCCACCACAACUGCACGAUCGACACAAUCACCAAACGGCAGUCCUCCUCUUGCCACGAGCAUCCUUCAGCAGACUGCAAACAACGGCUCUCCUACAUCGCAACGCGGUGAGCGUGCCGACUACUUCCCCGCCGACGGCGCCGACGUCCCCACACCCUCGUUCUCCCGACCCAUGAAUAACCGCCAACGAGGCUCACAACGCAGCACAAGCAUGGGUGGAGGCGUACAGGUAGUUCUCAACGAGACAGGUUCAUGGACCGAUAUGGCUAACCAGAGCUCCGCGCUUGUACAGAACGCCCAAACUGAGAAACCAUCUGGCAUGCUCGGUUUCCUCAGCCGCAAAAAGGGCCGGGACAGGAGCCCCAAGGCAAAAGAAAGAGGCGUCCUAGGUAAAGAGGGCGCCCGAGUCAUCAUCAGCAACACCUGA